UGCGAGUUUCGACCUCAGCCGUAUCCGUCAUCCCGUCAUGAAGUAAACAUUCAACAUGGAUGCUAUCCGAUUAAUUUCAUCCGCAUUUUAGGUCAAAUAGAUUGUUUACGAUGUGCGAUUAGGUUUGCAAGAAUAGCUAAUAUUUCCCGAAAAUGUCUUCGGAAAGGGUAGAAUGGGUGGAGAUUAUCGAGCCCAAAACAAAGGAGCAUAUGUAUGCUAACCUAACCACAGGAGAGUGCGUUUGGGAUCCGCCAGAGGGAGUAAAAGUGAAACGAACAGACUCUUCACAAUGGUGGGAACUUUUUGAUAUUAACACACAUAGGUUUUACUAUUACAAUGCUUCCACACAGACCACUGUAUGGCACAGGCCUACUGAUUGUGACAUCAUACCGCUAGCUAAAUUGCAAACGUUGAAACAAAACACGGACCCUCAAAAGAGACGAGAGACAUCGACUCAGACGAAUCAAGCUGUUCCACAGGUAUCAACAUCGAUCGACCCUGUAAGCAGCAAUGGCAACAGCACGGUGGCUAGCGCCAGCAAACUGUCACCGAGCAACGCUAAGGGAGUCACCGUCUCUCAGACCAGUCCAGUGCGAACCAGGAAAUACAUACAUCAUCAUAGAAAUAGUGGGGAAUCCAGACGCGGGAGGCUGAGUGAAGACGGAACGACUGCGCUGUGUCGACACACCGACUCCGGGCGGUCUUCUGACAGCAGCAUCAGCAGUGCACAGCAGAGGAGGAAACAGGAGCUGAAUGCAGCGCCGUGCAACCCUCCCGUUUGUACCCCGCAAGUCAGGAAGAGGGGCAGCGCGGUGCCGGCCCAUGAACCCGACAAGUGGUCGCCGCAUUCAGGGUUAAACCGCAGCGGCAGUUUCAUAUCACCCAGAAAGGACGCAUCUGACGAUUCGAUGCACGAAAAGUAUUUCAAAUCGGUCGAGAGCACCCCGCUAACGAGGCGCAAGUUAAAACAGCAGUCCGCCGGCGGGUCGUCGUGCGAGUCCGCGUCGCCGCAAAGCCCGAGCAGCCCGCUUCAGAAGCCGCAGCCCCAACCUUUCUUGCAGGCGACAGCUACGCGACCUUCCUUGGUGUCGUCGAUCUCGUUGGCGGCUGAGGCGGGCGGCGCGCGCGUCAUGCACAGCCUGGAGCGCCCGCACCAGCUGUCCAGGCACGCGCGGGAGCGCUACUCGGACAGGCAUUUAGAUAAGGAUCGACUAGCCGAAUUGGAGCGCAUGGACCGAUAUCCUGAGAAGCAAGCGGUGUACAGCGUGGAUAAGCCCUUCCGCCAAACUAGCUUGGAUCUGCGGCACAACGCGUCGUCCAACUGGCACCCGCCGAGGGAAUUCACUAGAAGGCAGCAAGCGGAGCCCGAACGCUACACGUCCAGCAAAACGUCACUAUCGUCCGGCAGCAGCAAGCACCGGACGCCGCCGCAUGAGCCGCACCACAACUUCAUGCGGCUGUCCUCCGCCAACGAGCAGGAUAGCGUCGCUGCCGUUAACUACAAGAUGAAAUGCGUGAAUUUGGAGCCGCCGCUUACGGAGCCCAACGUUCAGAAGCACAAUCAGAGACUAGACAGGACUUCCACUCCCAAGGACCGCACCAAGUCGAGACGUCACAAAAAGCCGGUGGAGAUGGAAGACCCGGCGGUGGACGGCGAGGAAGACGACGAGGACGGUGGCGGCUCGCCUCUGUACUGCAACUGGGACCUGCGAGGCAUGCAGCACUUGCUGCCUCUACAGGACUAUAUCAUACAGCAGGCCAAGCUGUCCAGUCGUAGUCGAUACGGCGGCGAAUCAGGCUCUGACAACGAAUCCGGCUCCUCUCGGUCCCGCUCCGGGUCCGAAUCUCGCUCGUUAUCCGGACACGAGCCGGACAACGAGUCCUCGGACGGCGGCGCCCGGACGCCGGACGAUGACGACGGCUCUGGAGUAUACUUGCCACAUUCGUACGCUCAUCGGCCGGCUGACGUGGAGUAUAUGAACCAUGGAGUCUCGUACUAUAACACGUUCGUCGGCUUCGAUCGGCAGCCCUCGCCUGGGAUACAUAGAACGUCAUCUCUCGGCGGCGGCGCAAGCGCCAGCGCGACAGCCGGCGCAAGCGCAGCGGCGGGAGCGACAGCGGGCGCGGGAGCGGCAGCGGCAGCGGGAGCGUUGUACAGUCCAGUGCGGUCUCAUGCGCACGCGCACUUCGUCAGGCCCCCCCCAGAACAAGAUAUAGAGAUAUUCGCCAAGGAUAAUCUGAAUUUCAAUAAGGGAAUCUUUAGGAGAAAGGCUUCAGUCCGAGACAUGCUAUCGUGGACCUCGUCAUCGAUAAGUGCACCAAUGGUCGGCGCCGACUGGGACAAGGCGCACAAAAAGGCUGCGAUAGACUUGUUCCGACUCGUCCAGAUAUACAUGGGCGACAGAAAAGCUCGCCCCGGGAUGACCUUGAACUCCGUAGCACAGGACAUCUUGCACGCGACGUUUGCUAAUGAGAAGCUACGAGACGAGCUCUACGUGCAGCUAUGCAGGCAGACGACCGAGAAUCCCUUACGAGAUUCUUUACUCCGAGGCUGGGAGUUGCUAGCGGUUUGCCUGGCGUUCGUCCCGCCAUCGCCUGCCUUUCAACCGGCUCUCAACAACUAUGUGAACCGACACAGAGACCCGGCGUUUGCUGAUGCCUUCCCUGAGUCUUUUUUCAAGGUUGGAAAGUGGCCAAUUCAUGUGCAAGUGUCUCACUAUGCGGGCGUGGCGUGCAAACGGCUGGAGAGGAUCGGAUUCGGCGGCAAGAAGCAACCCAGGAAACCUUCCACCGAAGAUAUAGACCAGGCUAGGAUUCAAAUCUUCCGGCAAUCGAUGUUUGGAAACACCCUGAGCGAGGUGAUGGCGUUACAAAAGGAACGGUUCCCGAACCGGCAGCUGCCGUGGGUGCAGGUGGCGCUGUCGCAGCAGGUGCUAGCGUUGAAUGGCCGCGAGACUGAGGGCAUUUUCCGCGUGUCGGCUGAUGUGGAUGAGGUCAACGCGCUCAAAGCGAAGAUCGACAGCUGGGAGCUGCCUGAUGCUUCAACGUUGACAGAUGCGCACGCGCCGGCCAGCCUGCUGAAACUCUGGUACCGCGAGCUAUACGAGCCUUUGAUUCCGGACGCUUUGUACGCGGCGUGCGUGGCGGCCGGCGGCGACGUGCAAGCCUGCAGUCGCGCGUUGCAACGCCUGCCGCCGCUGAACCGCCUGGUACUAACGUAUUUAAUAAGCUUCCUGCAGCAGUUCACCGCGCCCGAAGUGGUGAGUCAAACCAAAAUGGACUCGGCCAACUUGGCGAUGGUGUUCGCGCCAAACUGCCUCCGCUGCACCUCCCAAGACCCGAGGGUCAUCCUCGAGAACGCUCGUAAGGAGAUGACCUUUCUAAAGACCCUCAUCUCCAACCUCGAUACCUCUCAUGUCAGAGAUCUUGUUUGACCGUUGAAUCUCAGCUAUUGCAACAACAACGUCGCAGAAAGGCUGACUGAGUUCUAGCAAGCCCACGCUUAAUUUAGAGUCCCUCGUCGACAAACAAAGUCGUAUCGAAACGCGAAUUUACACUCGCUUUGCUUCAAAGCGGGCAUUAAAGGCGAGAUACCUUUCUAUAGAAAACGGUCACAUGUCGCUCUCUGCCUACAAAAAAAUCUAGUCUCGUUUCCAUUAAGUUUUCUAUGGAGAACGAAUUCGGCGGGCGCGACGUGCGACCCCUUUCUCACACACCCUCAAAUUAAAAUUGACAUUCUUGUAUAUUUUUUGUAUUUUUGUAAGCUAUAUGAUAAUUUUAUUUGGUUGUAUCCAAAGAUAUUUAAAGAGAUGUGAUUUUAAUUAUUAUAAACUUGAGCUUUACAAAAGUGUACGUGCAAUGUGUUUCGGCGGUAUAUGUUAUUUGGAUGAUUGCGUGUUUGUUAUUAUUAGUUACUGUGUAAGAGUGGUUUAAUUUAGCAGAUGAUAUUAUUUUUUCAUAAGUGAAUGGACGCGAUACGUACUUCCACGACACUUCAUUCCUUUAUAUUGAUCGAUCAGGUAUAUUAUUUUUAUACUCUGCUUUUGUUUAAGGAAUAAUGUGUUAGGUCACAAUAUAGGUUUGCAUUUAAGUUAAUGACAUUUGAGAUGGCUGCGAAGGAGUGUAGUGACAGUUGGACAGUUCGCAGUAGUACCUCAUAAGGAACUGCGAUUUAUUCUGUAUUUGAAGGAACUAAUACGGUUUUUCGAACUCGUUCUUUAGUCUUUUUUACAGGACAGGAAAAAAUGUUAAAAAAUCAGUAGGUCUUUCAAAACACUGUUGCCAAGAGCAUCUACUGCGAAUAAUUGAGAAAAUAAAGCUUGUAAAGUCGUUGCUAGAUUAUGACAAGUAUAUUUACAAUGUCGGUAGGAUCUGGUUUAAAAUGUGAAAUAAGAAUCUAAAUAAAAAAUCUCGUAAAGUCAGAACUAGUUCAUGAAAAAUAUAUGCUGAUUAGUAAAGUAAAUUUAAAUCUUCCAUAAUGUUAUAUGUUUACGUUGUGAACAGAAUUAGUUGUUAGAGGUACUAUCAUUCCGUGUUCAGACGUUCACAAUAACUUUUCAAACUAUACUUGAUCGUUGGGAUCAAAACUAUAUCGGCAGCGUCUUUGCUUGAUAUUUGGAAUUUUGCCUGGUUUUUAACCUAUUUUAUCUGGAGUAUACUGAAUAGAUUAGGUGAAAAUAUUGCCAUUUUAUAUUGACUGUAGCUAUUGACGUCAUUGUAUUAGGUGAUUACCUAUAAAACUGCCGUUUUGUAUAGAUAAUAUAAUUGGAACGAGACCCAAUUAUUAGCACAAACAUUAAUGCGUUUAGCAUGACUAAUCCAAAUUUUAUUAAAUGUUGUGUAUGAGAUAACAAAUUUAAUUACACGGGUGUUCACAGUGAACUAAUUUCCAAAAAAAUACGGUAAUUUUAUAGAUAAGCACUCGUCUAUAAAUAGAUAAAAUGCAUUAUCAAAAUUAAUUUUAAAUUGCUAAACGGCUUAUGAAAGAAUUUACGAAGGCAGCUUUUAAGUCGAAUGAAAGUCGAGCCAUUAAAUCGAGGGAAUUAAAGUUGCCAUUAUUGAUAAAAUUACCCUUUCGAUCGUCGAUUAAGAUUAACGUUUUAUUGUCUAUCAAGUUAAGUGCUAUUAGUAGGUUAAUCUAUUGUUCUAUCACAAACUAUCGUGCUAUACAUUUUUUGAGUUAAUAUACGACGUUGGUUUACGAAAUUGUAAAGGUAUCGUGCUACGAAACGUUCAUGGAAUUAAAGCAAAUGACACACGAGUUUGUUUUAUGAUCAAGUGAAAUUAGGGAUUUUAUAUACGUGUAUGCUAAUGGUGACGCCAAACAUGUAUUUACUAACAACUCCUUUGAAGCGUUCCAAUAGGAUAUCCUAUUUCCAAAGACACGUGCGUACGCGCAGCCUUGAUGGUAUCUAAUAACGAAUCUAUGUACGCUUCUCGCCUCCUACAUUUAGGUCCUUAUUCUGAAAUGACUCAAAACUAGAUUCGAACUCAAGAAAAGAUCUGCUCCUGUGACUGGUUUCAAUAUUAAGACUAUUUUCUUGAGAGUGUAGAUUGAUAUUUGAGUGUCAUCUAUGACUAAGAUAGACAAGUUACAUUAUUUCAGUUCGCACAAAAUAUCACACUAGUUGCAAUAUGCAAUUCACUACGACGGCCUUCAAAAACAAAUCCUUCACUCUAAUAAAACAUAUUUUAACUUGAAUUAUAUCACUAAAGUUACUAUUAUAGAAUAGGUAAAAUAAACAGCUUUAAAAGUUAGACAAGCUUUGAAUCGAGAUCUAGUGAAAUAAAAUAUUUAAAGUAAAUUCUAUCGGCACGUUCACGAUUUGUUGCUACGUUAUAAACACGUGAAACAAUAUUGAAGUUGCUAAAAUAGUGAGUAAAUGAACAUAGUUACUGUCAUAGUCAUUGUUGGACGCUGUGUGAUGCAGCAUUUGGCUACUUGACACCAGCAAUCAAUUGACAAAAUUAUUCAGCCACAGGUUUUGUAUAGCGAUAGUCGGUUGUUCGUUAACUCAAUUUAAAAUUUUACAGUAAUUGUAAAGUAUUUCGAGUUCUAAUAAAAUGUGUAAGUUGUGUUUAGGAAUGAUUGAAUGGUGUCAACUACCCAUUUGUAUGAUAUGUAUGAUAACGAUAUUUGCCUAUUUGUUUGUAAUAAUUACCAAUAAUAAAUGCCAAUAUGAAUGAAUAUUUAUAAUGAAGACGACAGCCUCUCGUGUAGAGUUAGUGAAAUGUUUUUCGUUAGACUCUUAAUUCCAUGCUCUGCUGUGAAAGAAAAAGCAAUAUUUUUAAAGAUGAAUGUAUAUUACCCUGCUUUAUCUCAGACCACGUUAAUCGUUAUCAAUGAAUCGACCACCAGUAGGCCGAGGAUGUGCGCCACGAUAAACUUUUAUCGAGGCAUUUUAUCGAUUUUACGCGAUAAGCCCAUACAUUUGUCGUCUAGAAUCAUCGAUAAGAUUUUAUCAUGGCGCGCAUCCUAGCCCGGCUGGAUAUGUAUAUAGUUUGCUACAUGUGAUAUGCAGAGUUUAGUAUAUUUUGACUAUAUCACGUAAUAAACAUAUUCUGAUUAUAUCUUGAAAUAUACCUAUUCCCACGUAAUAUUUUAAUCCCCUUUUCCUAUUAUAUAACAUCUCACUAGCCUAUCGUGUCUCAAGUAUUCAGUGUAAUUUUAUUUACUGCCUAAAUUGUCACAAAACAGUUUUGUCUGUAUUUCAAUAGUAAUAUAAAAUAAUUAAUGUAUUCCUAGCAUUUGCGUAUAGCUGAUUGCAUGUUUCCUAAUAGAGUUUAUUUUGAAUAAAUGGUGCAUUAUUAAUUAUAUUGUAUAAGCAGUAAUUUGAAAUAGUAUGCAUAAUUUUAAAAUAAGAUUUGUGAGACCUUUCUUUCUAAAUAAAGCUUCCGUUAAUGAAUGUUUUGGGUGUUGGGGUGGCUUACACCUUGUGAACUCGCAACUUAGUGUGAUCUAAUAAAACGUUUUGUCUAUGGUGCAAAAUGUGGCGAAAAAAGCUUUUGCGGUCUAUGGUGUGAGUCGCCUCAUAUCCCGUAGUAGUAGUGUGGUAAUGAUAUGAUUUAAUUAUUACUUCUGACUUUAUUUGAUAUUCGCACUUUAUUGCAUUAAUUUAAUUUGAAUUUGAAUUUUGUGUUCAGAGUAAACAGGAAUUAUUAUUUAUUCAAUGUUCCCAUUUGGUACAGUCAACGACAAACAAGUCAACAAAAGAUGACAA